CUCCCGCCGGCCGCGCGGCCUGCCCAGCCCCGGAGGGAGAGAGCAGAGGAUCCGGGCACCAGCCGAGGAGCCGCGCACUAUCUCUACCUGCGGCGAGUCGCCGCUACAGCCGCCGCCGGGCUACCCAGCCCACACCACCAGGAGGCCCAACGCAGCCUGCACCCGCGCAACAGACGCACGGCGGCCGCGGCCCUAGAGCCGGCGCCGCUGACGUCAGGCCGACGUCAGAGUGGACGCCGCGGCGGGGCGGGAGCUGGGACGGCGAAGGAGGGCGUUUUCGGAGCACGCGCCGGGCUGGGGCCGCUGACGUCGGGCUCAGGGCCGCGGCGAGAGGGUGAGAGUCCGCGCUUUCCGAGGGAGCUGCGCCGGCCUCGGCCCCGCGGGGUCCCACCGCACCCGAGAGGAUGGAGAGCCUCCCCCGACGCCCCAGCAGGGCCCGCGAUCCCACGCUGGCCGGCGCUCGCUAGCUGCUCGAAAUUUGCGUUUUAUCCACCACCUAGGCCUUGUCUCGUGAGUCAGUGGCGUUGUGGUUCCAAAGAAAUGGAAGAAAAGGAGCGAUGUGACCGACUCCGUUCGGUCCUUCUGCCUUGAGGCCUGGUUGGCAUUUGCAGAAAGGAAAAUACAGCAAGAAAAUCGUGGUUUUUUGGAAGGGAUAGAAGAGGAGGGUGGAAGAAGGAAAACAAGGUCUUAGAUUUUAUAUGAUUUUUUUAAACUUCUGCACUUCGACAGUGGUGGCAAAAUACACUAAACCCAAAAGUUAUCUUUGUUUUGGAAGAGGGGAAUUAUUUUUCCUUUUGAUUACAACCUUUUCUCCCCGUGACAAAGCAUAAAUCAUGGACACCAGAAAAUAAGGUAGACCUCAGGAAUCCUGCUGAGAAGACUUACAUUCCUCCUCAGGAGGGAAGAGUGGGGUGUUUUUAGCCCUCUCUGGAACCUAAAACGAAAAACAUGAGUUGCGUGCCAUGGAAAGGAGACAAGGCCAAAUCCGAAUCAUUGGAGCUGCCCCAGGCUGCACCCCUACAAAUCUACCAUGAGAAACAGCGCAGGGAGCUUUGUGCUCUGCACGCCCUCAAUAACGUCUUCCAGGACAGCAGUGCCUUCACCCGGGAAACGCUGCAAGAGAUUUUCCAGAGGUUGUCUCCAAACACCAUGGUGACCCCCCACAAGAAGAGCAUGCUGGGAAAUGGGAACUACGAUGUGAACGUCAUUAUGGCAGCACUUCAAACCAAAGGCUAUGAAGCUGUUUGGUGGGACAAGCGCAGGGAUGUCGGCGCCAUUGCUCUCACUAACGUUAUGGGCUUCAUCAUGAAUCUGCCCUCCAGCCUGUGUUGGGGUCCACUGAAGUUGCCACUCAAAAGGCAGCAUUGGAUCUGUGUUCGAGAGGUGGGAGGUGCCUACUACAACCUCGACUCCAAACUGAAGAUGCCCGAAUGGAUUGGAGGCGAGGGCGAGCUCAGGAAAUUUCUAAAACAUCAUUUGCGAGGAAAGAACUGUGAACUCCUGCUGGUGGUACCAGAAGAGGUGGAGGCCCAUCAGAGUUGGAGGGCUGAUGUGUAACACAGUUCUACCCAGCCUUCCCUCACCUCAACCCCCAAAAUCCUCUGUGAUGUGCUGUGGCCUCUACAGUGGGUCUGCCCUUGCCACGUCCCCAAACAUCUCAUCGGGUUUUUCCCCUCAGAUUUGACAGUGCAAUAGGACAGACGUGUGGACUGUUACAGAACCAACCAGCGUUACUUGUUCUGGGAAAGGAAAGUAGGAGCUCUGUGUGCUUAGGGCAAGCUAUGGAAGACUUUUGUUUUAUUUAAGAGAGGAGAAAGAAAGGUGGGUCUUAGCUUAUUUCCCCGUUUCUCUGAGGACUUGCCAGAGGCUCUGCUGGAGUUCACUGCUGCUCUGAUUCACCUGGAGAUGCUGGCUUCACUUCCCCUUUCCUGGCAACCAGUGGGUCUGAAGACACAGUACAGGCAAAGCCCAUGUGACGGGUUUGAAGGACUUAGAGCAAAAAGGCCUCUCAGGAAACCAUCUCCAAAACUGCAGCAGCAGUACAGCAUGCUGUCUCCAACCCUUAAUGCCACCCUUACCCCAUUUUUAAGAGUGGUUUAUGGCCGUCCUUGGAGUUUUAUAAUGAAAAGUUUCUCUAAUAUUC